GCGCAUUAUUUUUAUUCUUUUGGGGAGUGUACGUUGAAAUUCCUGUCAUUUUAGUUAAAAAAAUUCAUAAAACUUUUACGAUUUGCUACGAAAUCCACCGAACGCGAGGCAACUGCAAAGAUUCGACAAACAGUUAAAUAUAGCGAAUGCGACGAUAGAAACAGUGGUGCAAGGGCUCAAGAUCAAAGUACGAGUUAGGGAGUAGUGAAAAAAACACGUAUUUAUUGUACAGCAUGGCAGCGUCCACAGGAGCAGCUGACACCAGCGGCCAAGUUGCCGGCGAUGAAAAAUCUUCGUCCAUAUUGCUCGGAAUUGUGGAAGAGAUUAUCUACAGCCCCCUGAAUUUAGCACUUGUAGCUGUUAUCGUAUUUCUGUUUUAUAAAAUCGUAAGGGACCGCUACGAAGUGCCCAGAGAUAAGUCGGGUGAUGGUUCACCGCCGGCACCUGAACUUCCAAAAUUACGACGCGAUUUUACUAUACAAGAACUACGUGCGUAUGAUGGAAAUGGGCCGGAUGGACGUAUAUUAAUUGCAGUGAAUGGCACCGUGUAUGACGUCACAAAGGCAAAACGCUUUUACGGUCCAGGUGGGCCAUAUGCAUCGUUCGCUGGGCGAGAUGCAUCACGAAAUUUGGCUACUUUUAAUGUUGAACCGAAUAAUAAAGAGGAGUAUGAUGAUUUGAGUGACUUAAAUGCUAUGGAAAUGGAUUCAGUGCGAGAAUGGGAGAUGCAAUUUAAAGAAAAAUAUGAUCUGGUAGGCAAAUUACUACGCAAAGGUGAGCAACCGACCAACUAUGACGACGAGGAGGAAGAUUCUAACGAGGGAGUCACUGAAACCAUUGCUACUGCCGCCGCAUCUGCCACGAACACAAAUGUUAAUGAUGAAGGUGUUCGGAAGCGCGCCGCUAACCCACAAGACGAAGAAGUUAAAUAAGUAGUAGUUGUCUCGCGAAUUUUUCGUAUUGAAACUAUUUAUAGAUUUAAAAAAAAAAAUUUAGUUUACUAAAAAUGAUUUAAUUAAACAUUGAAAAAUUGCUAUCGAAAAAUGUUUGCUCGCUUAUCAGUGCCCCGAUUGAAAGAUGCAAAUUUAAAGACCAGCGAAACCUCAAUAGUUUUCAGCAUUGAUUCUGUUUGGUAUUAUGCUUACGGUAAUGAGAAGCUUUUUCUCUUUUGUGAGGUUUGAUUUUUCACACGCUUCUUUAAUUUGGGAUGUGGAUGUGUGCGUCAGUUAAAUGUUAAAAAACAUCACCAGUUUAGAAUAUAAGUUACUUUGGGGAAGGUGACUGCAACAAAUCGGAGAUAUGUAUGGUUCGCAGCUAUCAAAUUACAUAUUUACUUAAUUUUAGACUUCUCACGUGUUUUAUAUCUUGGUUUUUGAGAUAUACCAUAUUCCAAAAGAAAACAUGUACAUACAUAUACUCUACAAGUAAAUACAUAUAUUUAUAGAAACACAAAUAAAACAAAAAAUUUUACAAAUGUCUAAAUAAAAGAAGUUUAUCAUUUGGAGUAAAACCCCCCAAUAUCUA